UUUUAAGAUAAUUUGCACGUUUUUUAUAUACCUUCAAUACCAUGUUCUGUCGUAUCGUAAAUUUACAUAUACAAUAUAUCGCGGAACGCACAAUCAAUAAUGAACGCGAGAUCCACGAUCAAAUUACGGAUUUCAAAUAUUUAUGUAUUUUGUGAUAUGACUCGGUAUUGCGAUGUUAUAUUAUAUAAUGUAUUCAUCAAUAUUUAUUCUAGACGUUCAAUAAAUAUCGCUAUCCUGGAUCGCGUUCUAUAAAUUUAUAUUGAACGUGUAACAGUCCCCUAUAAUUGUGAGCUUUACCAAUACUAAAGGUAUGAAACAUAAAAUUCCUGCCUUUUUCUUCUAUUUGAUAAAAUCGGUUUGAUAAUUUAAUGAAGGUAAAAAAAUAGUUAUUUAUAUUACGAGAUAUAUCGUACUGCAUUGAAAAUUUUUUCAUUGAAAUCACUAUUCAAACAGGCAUGAACACAAUUCUUGCCUACAGGUAAUUCCAUGUAUUACGGCAAUAAUAGUGAUGUCUCAUCACUACCUCAGUGUACAUAUUGAAAAGUGUUAAUAAAUCUGUUAAAGUAAAUAUUUAUUGAAUUUAGAUUUCGGGUCUAAAAUAAGUUCAACCAGGAAAAACGGAAGUUAAUGAAUAGAACUGGUAAAAUAACUUAAUUCAAUUCCUUAUAAUGGGUAGCAUUGACCGAGCAUGUAUAUCUGGAUUUCUUUGUCGUCUUUGCUCUGAAAUGCAUAGAAUAGUAAUCCAUAUAUAUGGUGAUCAGGGCAGGAAGUUAUGUUUAGUAGAAAAGAUUAACGGAUAUCUACCCAUCACCAUAUCUCCGACGGAUCCUUUACCUAAAACUAUAUGUGAGACAUGUUUAAGAAGAGUGGAACAACAUUAUGACUUGCUGAUGCGAUUAACGCGAAUAAAACAAGGCAGCUUUCCUAAAAUCAAAAAGACUCAACAAGCACUACGUACCAUUGGUGACAUUUCAAGUACAGACGUUUCUGAUGAUGAACAUUUUGAUCUCAAUAGCUUUCAGGAAGGGCGAAAUUCUAUAAGAGACUCAAAUGUACUACAAUUAACAACAGAUGUUUCAUCCCAAUCAUCAUUGAUUGGUGCGACGCAAGCGACUAGCCUACCCUAAAAAUAAAUAAACUAUGAAAUUAAAAGUAGAUUAAGAGUACGAUAUGAUUAUGCCUAGGCGCAAGCCAAAUUAUGAAACAUAAUGUAAAUGACGGAGUUUCUAAAUCGCUUGCAUUUAAAUUAAUUAAUAUAAGAUUUAACAUUUUUGUGUGUAUAUUGGACUUACGGUAAAUAUAAAAAUAGAAAUAAGACAAAUAUAAUUAAAAAUUAUUACAAGUUUUAAACACUUCGACACAUUAAGAGGUUUCAUGUUAUGUUUUGCAUUUUGAAGUCUCUUCAGUUUGAAGAUGUUAUUUGGAAAUAGAAAAUAUAAAGUAUAAAUUCAUA